AAAAAUUAGAACAAAGUAAAAUUUUUAAACUUGCUGAAUCACAGGAGCUGAUUACAAUUAUGUUUGAUGUUUGGAAAAUGACUCCUGAUAUAAUGAACAUAAUUAAUACUUUUUUGGCAUGUGCUAGUAGCCAGAACUUUAAUGUGGUAGCAAUGAUCAUGGAUAGUGCUUCAGCAUAUGCUUCUACAUG